AUGGUGUUCCUUAUCUCUGCCUUCCAGAUUAUCGGAGCCCUUUCAGAGCGCGCACAACAAAUGCGCCCCUCGUCCAAUGCAUCAUUUACGCCGCAGAUCCGCGCGCUGAUGGGCAGGCAGAUAGCCGUCCGCGGGGGCAGCGGCGCCCCGCGCCCCACCGCCGCUCAGGGCCGCCCGCGUGCGCCCUCCGUGCGCCCGAUUAUCGGAGCCCUUUCAGAGCGCGCACAACAAAUGCGCCCCUCGUCCAAUGCAUCAUUUACGCCGCAGAUCCGCGCGCUGAUGGGCAGGCAGAUAGCCGUCCGCGGGGGCAGCGGCGCCCCGCGCCCCACCGCCGCUCAGGGCCGCCCGCGUGCGCCCUCCGUGCGCCCGUUCUACGGCGGUAUUAGCUCAUCUCCAGGCAGGUCAAACCCAAAGUCACACAACCUGGGGCGCGGCCCCGCCCCGCCCCCGCCGGCCGGGACCCGCGCGCGGCCGCAGAGAGCCACCUGGCGGCCGCGAGAGCCUCCUCCUGAGCCCGCCCGCGCGCGCACCGCUAGGUGGGCAGGAGACCGCGGUGCCCAGACCAGCCCUCCCGGUGCUGAGCAGAAGGCAGACUCCCCGAGAGUCGCCCAGCAGCCUUCGCUGACCUCGGAUGACUCCAGAGCCCCAGCCCCUUGGGCUGCUGGGAGACUGUCCUGCUGGACGCCCAGGCGUGGGGCUGCGCUGUCUGGCAUCCCCUCCACGUCGUCCUCCGGCGUGCCGUCCAGCGUUGCCCUCUCCAGGUCCCAUGAGCCACUUAGCAACCAAGCGGCCGCAUCAGGGCACAAGGGACUCCCUCAGGGAGCCGCCAGCGAGGGGAGGAGUCGGCCCCACUCUUCAUGCAGAGACCGACUCUGCGCCAGGCCCCACGCUGGACACACGCACAGUGACCUGUGCAGCAACUCGCAGCUGAGAGAGGGCGGGCACGCCCACAGGUUCCGUCAGCCCAGCCUUGGGGACCAGAACCACGGGGCGCUUAUGGAGCAGAGGCACCUCCAGACCUGGUGGCGCCCGCCCUGGGGAGGAGAGGCACUUCCAGGCCUGGGGGGUGAUAUAUGAAGAGUGCCUAAAAAUCAGUGAGGAAAAACUGCAGUAAAAAGGGUGGGGGCCGGCAGGUGGUGUGGUAGUUAAGGGCGCUGGAUCUCCCACAUGGCUGACCACGGUUCAAGUCCUGGACCUGGAGGCUUGCUUUCUCACUUUCUCUUUUUUCUCUCAUUCUGCCCCUCUCUGGUUAAAUUUAAAUUACUUAAUUAAUUAAAGUUAAAUAAAAUUUUUAAAAAAAUUGGUGAAGGGUAAUACGUAAACAGAAAAUCCACUGAAAAGGAAAAAAAAUGGCUCUUAAAGAAAUGAAAGCGUGCGUAGUCUCACUCAGAGGAAAUACACAUUGGCAUUUAGGUGAAGGGACUGCUCUAACGUUCAAGCUGCAGUGGUAGUUGUAACCCCUGGGGCCAGCAGGUGGUGUGGUGGUGAAGGGCGUUAGACUCCCACAUGACUGA